GUUUUUAUAUUUUUUUGGUCAGAUUGGAUUUUGUGAGUGAUGCAAUUGUUUAUUUAUUGGGCAGAUCAUCAAUUGGCCGAAAACUAGUGAAAGUGAUUAUACAUUAACAAUCCCUGCUUACCGCGACUCGAUCCACAUGCAUUAAAAUGUUACCCUAGUCCGCAGAUUGGACAAAAAUCGGUCCAAAAGGGGAAAAGUCUGUAUGUGUGCAUCAGCGGCCGGAAAAACAUCGCAAGUGCGUUUUUAAAGUGGAUACAUGCGAACGAUACAAAUCACGACAAAUAAAGGUUAACAAUCGUUGAUGAACUUCGAGUGAAAAACAAAAAUCAUUCGAUUUUAUCAAAACGAAAAGAUCAGUGGCGUUAAAUUGCGGGCCAAUAUACACACAUAUGUAUAAAUAUAACCUAGAAAAUAGUUUUCAGACAACAGCAUAGUAGAAAAAAUGUAAAUGUCGUUUUGUUUGUUGCAUAUUCAACAACCUUGAGGAAAAGUAAGUGCCGCAAAAGUGAGUGCAUACCUGCAUACUUUGUUAAAUAAUCAGCAACGAAUUCGGAAUUAGUAUCAGUACUUAUCCAAAAUGUUCUGUCUUCCGGCCAAAUGGUCCGACAUACGUAUCUUCCCGGCACGUAUGUCCACCACACAAAAGGUAGUCAUUAUCUCCAUAGCAGCCGGUGUAGCAUUGCUGGGUGUUAUGUCACGUUUUCUACGCAGGCGUAAACCUCCACGUCCACCCCGCCGACCCCGUAAAUACACAAACAGAAGGGCUCGCAACAGUAUGCGUAGUCCAAAUGAUAUGAUUUCGCUUGCAGGUUCAAAAGCUUCAGCCCGUUCGGGCAGUCCCGUUGGAUCCACUGUGGCAUACUCACAGUCGGAUCGCAUGUCAAUGGCAAGUGGUUCAGUGGGGGCCGGUGCUUUAGUCAUGUCAAAUCCGAACCAGGUGGGCAUUAUUACCACACAACUAACCGCCCAACAAUUGGGUGUCAUGGGUAUGGAAGCCUUGGAUACAGUUAUCAACUUUUGGGAAGAUGCCUUAGCUGCUCACUAUUCGCCGGGUGGUGUACCGACCCUAUUAACCACCGCCGAAGAAUCUGAAUUUUGUCGCGAAAUUCAAAAUUUGCUGGAUAUGGCCUACGCUUUGCAGGAACAAAGUGAGCUGUUAUUCCUCGAUCAACGUUCGGUGUUAUUUCGCGAUGAACCGUCAAUAGAUGAAGCCGAAGAAGAUCAUUGGGCUGCCUUGGAAGAUGUACCGGAUGAAGAUAAACAAUCGCAUCGCUCGGCUAGCAUGAGCCGCACAGGCUCAGAUCCGAAUUUCGAUUCGGCGGAGAGUUUUGCCUCGGCCUUAGAUCAAGUGGCUGAUUUGCGGGAAUUUGAAAGUUUUGCCGAAACGGAAUACGAAGAGUAUCCAUUGUACCAGACAGCCUUGAAGCAUCACGACGAGACGCCCAUACCACAUCGUACACUGCGCACCGAUUUGGUGCAUUGCAAUAAUGACACCGAGUACUUGGCAAAACUGCACUGCGUCCGUUUGGCAUUUCAAUAUCUUUUUAAGGACCCUGCUAUAGGUCAAUGGGUUGUUGACACAGGCCGACAAAUUCUCACUGACUUACUUUGCCUGGGAGACAAGGAUACCAAAGAGUUCUUGGUGGGCUAUGAAGAUAUGGUGAAUUAUGUUCAGGAUCCCAGCAACUGGGAAGAUAUACAGACGGAACUUGAAACACGUAACGUUAAGGCCAUGACAUUCUAUGAUAUUUGUCUGGACUUCAUUAUACUCGACUCAUUUCGUGACUUAGAUGCUCCUCCCGCCAGUGUCAUAGCGGUUGUUCAAAAUCGCUUUCUAUCUAAUGGUUUCAAAGAAACCGCUUUAACCACGGCUGUGUGGUCUGUCUUAAAAGCCAAAAAACGCAUGCUGAAAAACCCCGAUGGGUUUAUGUCUCAUUUCUAUGUCAUAUCCGAACAACUCUCACCCCUAAUGGCCUGGGGCUUUUUUGGACCCGAUGAAAAUCUUAAGGAUAUAUGCCAUUAUUUCAGAGAUCAGCUGCUGGGAUUCUUGGCUGACAUUUUUAAUUUCCAAAAAAGUCGCUACACCUCGUUGGAGGAUUUGGCUCAUGACGUAUUGGGCCACAUGAGAACAAGAGUCAAUAAUAUAAGCGUAAAAUUUAGCCAAUAGACCUUGUAAAUUUAAUUCUACAAUGCACUUCCAUCCCCAUUUUCUACGUAUUUUUUUAACGACAAUAGCAUUACAAACACAUUGAUAUUCCACUUGUUUUCCUUAAAUAUUCCAGGUGUGUUUAACAAACAACUUUUGACAAUGAUUUCCAGUAAUUGCAGAUAGAGAACUUCUUAGAAGUUGAAUCUUUUAUGGGGGGGAAACAGAAUGUGGAGGAUGUGUUCAUAUGACUAGAUUUAAGUUGAGUGAGACGUUUAUUGAUCCAUUCUAGGCUUACGAAUAUACAAUUUACAUAGCAUAGUAGUCCUUAUCUUUGAUCCAUAUACAUAUGUGAAUUGCAUGUAUGUAUUGGUACAUACAUUUUAUGAUGUGCGUGUGCAUGUGGUGCAAAACACCCAUAACAUAUACGAACAUAUAUUGAUAGCUUUAAUACAUAACUUCAAGCUCCUUACUUUGAUUUUUAAAUUUAUAAGUUGAAGCCUACCAAUCACAAAUUAAAGUUUAAGUCUUGUUUUUAUUACUGAAACCAUGGCCUUGUUUUGUUUCUGUUGUUAAUACAAAAAACCAAUAACGUAACAGACCAAUAGCGCAAUUACCACGGGUAAUGUCAUUAUUUUUAUAUUAAAUGGAUCACUCUGCAUUUUUGUUAUGGGUUCUCUCUAAUAUAUAUGCAUUAAUAAAAAAAUACAUUUUUUAGUACAAACUUA